CAAUGGAUGACCGAAUGGCAAGAGUUAGGCAGAAGGGGUGUCUCGACAGCUGCUAAAAUCACUCCAGACUCACUGCAACGGAGCUAUCUUUCCCAAUUAAUAUUCAUGUUUAGCACAGUCAACACUUCAUUUUGUUACAUAUUUUGAUACGAUGAUGUUGAGUCGGCAAUGGCCUCUGCCUUUGUAGAUGUUGCAAUAACAAUGCCAGAGAAGAGAGCCGGUAUCCGCUUCACGGGAACUUGGGAACUCCUCAAAUUGAAGACUUGGCUGUAAGUAGUCUGGCUAACUAUUUUUUACAUGACCAAUAGCCUACUCAUCUCUAUCGAUUAAUGUGCAAGUAAAUAUGUUAAAGAUCAUGCUACAAGGUGAUGGAUAUGCAUUUUAAGACUCCCCCAGAAUCUAUCCCGAUGGAUUAUUAACAGUGCAUUUUAGACUACUCCAGUUCUAUAUCUUCUGGACAGAUAAUGGAAACGCUUCGGACGGUGUUGCUCGCGCACUGCUCAAGGAAGUAUAUUUAAGCUAAAAAAUCUGAACACAGACGGGGGCAUCAUUUCUGCAUCCGAUACUGCGACGAUAAGGAAAACAAAUAGCAUACUUUUCAUCAACACAUGAGACGUUUUGAGACGCUAAUAUGAAUACAACAAUGGAGCACACUGGAAUUGAAGAGGUAAACCAGACGCACCAGCAGCACGAGCCCAUCAGCUUUGGAAUAGACCAGAUUCUGAACAGCACGGACCAGUCUAGCAGCUGUAUGCUGCCCAACCGAACCAGCGACACGGAUUACACGCUUGCCCCAAACGUUUACACCAAUGGCUAUAACAGCGUCUAUAACCCGGCCUGCUCUAUGGCGGCUGGACUCGCAGGUUCCUAUAACGUGAAUAUGAACAUGAAUGUCAGCAUGAACAUGAACGUUAACGUUAACGGUGGGAACGCCGGUGGUGUUAUCAGGGUGCCAGCUCACAGACCCAUGCCACCGAAUCCACAUCAGCCCCCGCCUACCCAUCCACCUGGCCUCGCGGGCGGCAUCACCUCAGUGACUUCAAUGCCAAGUAUGGGAAAUGCGGCAAACUUUACCUUCCCGUGGAUGGAGAGCAGUCGAAGGUUCGCAAAGGACAGACUCACUGCGGAGCAGGCAGAGGACAGACAAGCAGGAGACCCCAGUGGGAGGCCAGGAGCCCCCCCGGCCCUGCCAGGCCUCUGCCCUCUCCCCAAGGGGGACAUCGGCAGGGUCCCUACCUGGAGCUCUAUGGAGACAUUAGCCAAACACUAUUACCCCGAACUCGCUCACCUGCGAGACACUGGCCCAUUUGCAGACUAUCCCUUUCGAAAGGGUACUUGUCCAGCGGCCCUUUCUCCCUUCUCGGUGACCCGGCGCAUCGGCCACCCCUAUCAGAACCGGACGCCACCCAAAAGAAAAAAGCCCCGCACCUCAUUCAGCCGUGUGCAGAUCUGCGAACUUGAGAAACGCUUUCACCGACAGAAGUACCUGGCAUCGGCGGAGCGCGCCACCCUGGCCAAGGCCCUGAAGAUGACGGACGCACAGGUCAAAACCUGGUUCCAGAACAGGAGGACAAAAUGGCGGAGACAGACAGCCGAGGAGCGCGAGGCAGAGAGACAGCAGGCCAACCGUCUGAUGCUGCAGCUCCAACAGGAGGCCUUUCAGAAGACCCUGAGCCAGCCCCUGCAGCAGGACCCCUUGUGCCUGCACAACUCCUCCUUGUACGCCCUACAGAACCUACAGCCCUGGGCGGAGGACAACAAGAUCAUAUGUGGACUUCUUGGCGUGGACAGACAUACAUUUAGUUCCACUGAAAUGGACAAUGAUCAAUGAGUCUUCUAAGUUUUUUCAGACCUGAUUCUGUCAAGUAAUUUUCCUACCUUACACUAGAUUUUCACUCUCCCUUCAGCUGUCGGUCUAAACAGAGGACGGAGCUAAAUCCUACCAGAAAUCUAACGGACACAUCAGUAGAUGCCUACCAUCAAGACUGUCCUGUUGCCAACAGGGAAGCACUGACUCUCAGCCAUAUGGCAACAAACCUGGAUCUGAUUCCUUUAACUGGAUCGGAUUCCUCUAACUGGAUCUAAUUCCUUUGCGUUUGGCUUUGUACAAUGUAGUAAUGCAUGUUUCCGAUAUUUCUGUGUGCACUUGGAAUUGCCGUUGAAGUCACCAGCUUUCCAGGUGGAUCCCUUCCCUGACUGCAGUUUGCAAGUGGUAUUGUGGAAUAUCUCUUCGAGGAUUCCUCAUAACUUACUACAUUUAAAGGUGUUUUAUAUUAAAUGAUAUUGUGACUUUUUGAAAAGAUGAUCAAAAUUGAAAGCCUC